AAUACUGACAAUACAAAACUUAAUAUGAAUUUAUUAUUAAAAUUAAUAAUAGUUUCAUUGAUUUACAUUAAAGUUAAAGCCGACAGAGCGUGUGCGUUCGUGAAAUGUAAAAAUAACGAGCGGUGUGUUAAUAGAAAAUUUUUGUGCGUCAAUUCUCCAUGCCCGCGAAUGGUUUUCUGCGCAAAGACCAAAACAGAAUUAGUUAACGGUCCGUCGUCAUGUGAAAACGUUAAGUGCAGCAAUGGGUACAUUUGUAUUGUUAAAGUCAGCAGAUGCAGUUGGAAUACACCCUGUAAAGAACAAAUUGCAAGAUGUAUCACAGAAAUGGAAUAUUAUGAAGGCCCGGCAUCUUGUGAAGGUUACAAGUGUCCAAUUGGCAAGGAUUGUAUACUUAGAGAAUCAUUUUGUAUGAAGCCACCUUGUAAACUUAUAAAAUCUUGUUUUUAUAAAAGAGAUAUUCAUAAGUGGCUUGAAAAAUGUAAAUCAAUUGGAUGCUUGUCAUCACACGAAUGUUUUUUGAGAAAACCUGAUAAUGUUUGUGAAUUUACUAAGUGUAAUCAUUCUCCUGAUUGUUUUGCUCGCACAGAGUCUGAAUUGAAUUUGUAUGAACAAUGCCGAGGUUGGAUUUGUCCGAAAGGGCAACUGUGUAACGUACAGUUAAAUUCACGCAGCUGCGGGCAAACGGAAUUAAGCAGCACAAUAAAUUCAAAAAAUAAUUCAGAGCUGAAAACUCCAUUGACUUUUUCCACUCGUUCAUUUUUCAACAGUGCGCCCAAUAAAAGUUCACUCUACUCACUUUUGGAAAAUUUGAACAAUGAAUCUGACAUCAUUAAUUUUUGGGUCGAUCAGGCUCGAGCUGAUAAAAACUUUAUAGAAUUCAGGCAGUGGUUAAAAAAUGUAAGAUUUUUAUUAGGAGAAGACGCUUUUAGUCUAUGGCUCGGACGGCUUAAAAAUGUGACGGAAAAAAAAUUCCAUUUAUGGCUACCGUCUGAGGAUUUUAAUAUGGAAUUUUGGAGAUCAAAGGAAGAUAAAAAAAAUAUUUACGACACUGACAGUUUAAUAAAUCCCGAGUUCAAGCUCCGUAGUUUUAAACCUCCUAAUAAUACUUCAAAAAAUUUAACAUCACUAUUUUAUCCAAAAGAUCCGCAAUUUAGGUUUCAAGAUGAAUUAGAGACAAUAACCAAUAAAAAUGUGAGUGAAUAUUAUUUGUCUGUUAUAAAUCAGAUUGAUAAAUUACUAGGAGCAAUAGCACCUGCUAUAGAAUACAACCAGCAGAGCGUAUUAAAAAAACUUGCUAAUGAGUCUGCGGUUCUGGACGACCAGAAAAAAGUAUCGCUGAUUAGUGUUUUGCAGAAAUUAAGAGACGAACGUGAAAUUUAUGUUUACAUAAUAAAUAAGACUCGCGAGCUGGUCGCGAAAGCCCAGCCUCUGGUUCCAUCAAUAUAUAUCGACGAAAUAAUAAAUAAAUUGAAAGAAAAUAUAACUUCCGGUCGGCGAAGUGAAUUUGGAAAAAAUAUAUCCGACGAUAGUGUCGUAGAAAUAAUCGCGACUCCGGAUUACGAGAAUGAUAAUGAGACAGAGUUUUUUUUGGUCGACUAUGGAGAGCCAAUUACUGAUUUGAAAGUGAAUCAAUCAGUGCCUAGAAUCGUUGUGAGAAUUGAAAAUAACAUGAAGCCUUUGCCAAAAAUCGGGACAGUAAAAUUUAAUUUUGCCGGUAAUUCACAUAAAUUAUUUAAUAAUACGGAAUUACGCAUGAAAAAUUAUGAUUACUAUAGUGACGAUGGAAUUUACGAUACAUCAAAACGUAUUGGAAAUAAAACAAAUUAA